CAGUAUUCACCCUAAUAUCACGACAACCAGAUGGUGGCACUGGCCAAUAGGAACGCCUGGAAUUAUCUAGAAACUGCGUAGUGGUUGGAUCGAUGGAAUACAUUCCCCAGUAUAUAUUUAUAUAAAUCUUCCCCGAAUACUUCAACAAGCAAACUACAUUGGGCUUGGAAUACUUUCUUUGGAUGCCCAAGAUGCGCGCCUAACGCUCUUGGCCAAGGCAUCAGGGCAACUACACAAACAAACGGACAAGAUCAUUCACUUUCUUCACAAGACAGGUGCUAAGCAACUCUCGGGUCACGCGGGAGUGACCGCCGGCUAUCUACUCUUGGAUACUGGUCCAGCGCUCUAUGAGAUACAGACUACCGAGACGCCACACAAGCUCUUCGCCCUGUCGACCAAGACAAACAUGACCGUCAUCGAGACGGCCAAAGCUCACGGGGUGCAGAGCUACAUCUUCGCUCCGGGUCUGACAUACGGGAAAGGUGAGGGUUUCGGAAACAAGACUUCUGUUCACGACCUAGACAUUGUCAGGCCCGUAAAGGGGCUUCGACGGUUAUGUAAGGCUGAUAAUGAUGACCCGGAAUGACUCUGUUCAUCGCCACCUCCCCUGUACACAUGCGCUGACGGCCCUACACAGUUCACCAGUGUGCCACAUCGCGGAUACCGCGGAAUUGUACCCACAGCUCCUGCGGAAGCUUGUCUCUGAUGAUGAGCUCGGCUAUGAUGAACACGGUUUCUUCCUAGCAUCAUCGGGCCACCCGCCGCGAACUACUGUUUAUAGUGCAAUGGCUAAGAGCCUUGCGGGAAAGUCGAUGGUGCCAAGGCUAUACAAGCAGAGGACACCAUUUUGGCUGAUGGACAUCCCGGCAAUUUGAGAAGGAAUCUGUAUCUCAAAAUAGAUGCUGCCUGGCUGGCAGGGAUGAUCAAGUGCCCGCGGCCCUUUUUUUCCUCUGGCCAAAAUUGUUCAAGAGCCUUUGAGUUAGCUGUGCAAUGGCCGACCUAUACCGCCUACUGGCACGAUACAUUGGGAAAAUAUGAGAUCAAUAAUAUAUUUCCUCAACGCUAUUGUGAAACUGCUGCCUGUGUUGACGGGCGAACUCUUGUGUACGGGCAGAGAGCAUACCUCUGCC